CACGGUUGGGUACACACCUGGUCUUAUGCACGUGACUGGUGUUGACGCCUGAUCUUAUUAAGACAUCUAGACCUGUUGGUCUACCCGAGAAGAUGAGACUAGCCUUGCUACUCCUAGUCUUGGUGGUGGGGGUCGCCAUGGCCGAGGAAGAGGAGAAGCAGCCUAAAGAUUUUGGAAUAUCGUUGCUCAAGGCGUUGAAGGAGUUGUUCAGGGAGCCGGCGCACGCCGCCUUCCAGGUGGGCCAGGAAGUGGUCAUCAUCAUCGCUCUCCUCAUCUUCAUUCUCAACAUGCUUGUGGGGAUCAUAAAGGAUUUGGUUCCUGUCUUGCUUCCUAUCCUUGAAGGACUUAUAGCCGAAGAACCCGCCGAGAUGAUGCCGUACGCGUCGACCGGCUACGGCGUGGACACCACGUACGGAGGCUACCAGAAGAGAUCACUCGAUACUCCGCCGUUUAUGGACCGUCCGCUGGUACAGCGACUCACUCAACGCGUCUAUAAUGCUAUCGAGAAUUUUCAGUACUGAUCUUGACAAGUAACAGUCAGGUUCAGGUAAGGAUUAGUGGCUCACCUCAUCUCAGUUUUCCGUAGGCGAACCUUUUCCUCCUCCCCCUACCUGGUGGGAAUUUACGCUUCCAACAGUUCGUCUUCCCUUGUCCGAACCUCGACAAGGAAGAGGCUUCAGGGGUCGCUGGUUCGACUCCCCGCCGUCUCACUCACCAUUUGUAUCCACACCAUUAACGGUCGUAACCCAUUAAUGAAUGACUUGUACAUAUGACAGACAUGCACUUAGGAGACCAAGAAAUCAGCUCACAAUAAGUCUGGCCCGCACUCGGAACCCUUCGCGUCAAUUCUUAACCUUUGACAAAAAACCUGUGAACAUAUCAAGAGUUUAACGCUUUGACCCCAUAACACUAUCCCACAGUAUUGACCACCCUCGAACCAAUCAUUGUCAUAGCUUAAGCAUAAUUUCCACACCAAGGCUCAGGUUACUAUUAGUCAGUAAAAUAGGAUACAAUAGUUGACUAGUACAACUCCAUUUUAAUGUCAGUAUUUGUUAUGGUGGAGAUAGACUACAGUGAAAUAAUCAAAGUGAAAGAUGACGAAAGACGUGAUCACGGUUAAACACCGUCAUUACCUCAACACAACAACGACGUACUCGAUCUCAGACAAACCAACGACCUUUACAUGACAACGACGUACUCGAUCUCAGACAAACUACCGACCUUAACACGACAACGACGUACUCGACCUCAGACAAACGACCGACCUCGACACGACAACGACGUACUCGAACUCAGACAAACCAACGACCUCAACACGAUAACGACGGGAACCAACCAGCUAACACCAAACAUUUAGCUCUCCUGUCCAUGACAAUUUACUGUGACCUUCGCAAGAGCCACAUUAUCUCCAUUUGACAUAUAAUACAGACAAAAGGAUGAAUUUGUUUUGUGAAACUGACAGCUGACGUGCGUGUUACUUAUAAAAGCACGUAUAAAAACAACUUACAGUAGGACGAAAAUUUCUAACAAAAAUUUAUAAUAGUGACUUACAGUAAUUUUUGGUUGUUAAUUUGAUAUAUCGCGAUAGGCUUGUAUUUCGAAAACUUUUCUCAGACCGACAAUAUUCCGGCCCGUCCGCAGGCACAAGUGAUUAUACUGUGAGAAUUUAUGAAGACAAAUUACAUUUUAGACACUGAAGGAGGAUUAAUUUAGGACGGACACUACAUAACGUGACAUUUCUAAGACACUGUGAGACAUGACAAUUUACAUAUUUUUUUUUAGAUGUAUACCACAGAUCGCAAUAAUAAAUUUUGCGAAUGACUUUAGACAAUGUGUACCUAAGACUUUAGCAGAGGACACUGAUCACCUAAGACUUUGGCAGAGGACAUUGACGACUAUUAAGACUUGCAAAAGACGUUGCACACCAAAGAUUAAUGACGAUGACUGUUCCACCACGAAGACUAUGCUACCUACACGACGCUGUUCGGUUGUUCCACCAUUAAGAGUCUACGGCGACUAAGUGACGUUGUUAAAAUGUACCAUCGUGAAGAGAGGUACCAAUGAUAGGGCGCUGGACGUUCUCUCUUCGAUCUCACCGGCUUCAAGAUCGAAGGAAGAACGUUCUGCGUCCUUACGCGUGACCUCCUCCUCCUCCUCCUUACAAGAUGACCGAUAUGACACCUUUAGAUUGACAUGUUACAAUUACUUUGUAAACUAUUCCAAUUUGUAAACUAUUCUAAACAAUUCCAAUUAUAUGGAAUUGUAAUUACACUGUUGGUAACAGAACCACUGUGUUUUGUAGUGUAAUUAUUUUUUGUUACAAUGUAAUAUUCUGAUAAUACAUGAUAUUUCAACUUAGGAUAUUACAAGGGAAUAUAUGUAUUUCAGUUUAUAUUGAAAAACAUACUUUUUUUUAGGCUACAAAGUUUGUAUUUGGUUUACACGUGUUUUACUGUAUUAUGUAAAAUACAUAAUACCUUGUGUGUCUGUUAAGACGUUUUGACUACAUAUGUAGACGACAUUAUGACCUCUAUGACAUAAUUUGUAUAAUAGUGCAAUGUAAUGUUUUUUUGUAAAUGGACUGUGUUAUUUAAUUUAUUUAUUUAUUUAGUUAAUAAAUACAUAUAAGAUA